AUGUCCCGCCGACCCCCGCCGAGGGAGUAUUAUUCCAGCGAAGAAGAGAUCUACGAAAUCGACCGCUCCCGCGAUAGAGAACGAGAACGACCUCCGCGCCCUCGCCGACGAGACCGGGACCGCAUUAUCGGAGAUGAUGUAGACGUUGAGGUAGACUACCACCGCCGACGCAGGUCCUCGCCUCCGCUCGAGGAUGACCUGGAGAAGCGCCUUCGUCUUCGCGAGCGGGAGCCGCCGCGGCCGCGGCCAAGGUCCCCGCGUGACUUCAUGCGCGAGGUGCACAGCAGUCCGCCGAGAGAACGAGAACGGGACCUGAUGGUUAGGAGGCGGUCAAGAGAGGGGCUGGAUGAGGACUUCUCGACGGAGAGACCGAGGCUUGUUUCUCUGCCUGAGCGGGAGAAAGAGAUGGAGAGGGAGAGGGAGGAGAAGGUAUAUAUUCGUCCACCUGGACCGCGGCGGAGACCUCGAUCUCGUUCCAGGGACGUGGAUGUGGAUGAGGAGGUUCUCUUUGAGAAGACAGAGAUAUAUAAAAGUGGUGGGAGGAAGGGUCGCUCCACUCGGGAGCUCGAGAUUGAGGAUGAUGAUGUGGUUUUUCGACGGAGGGAGGGAGAGGGGAAUCCUUUGCGUCGCUCGACACGGGAGCUUGAGAUUGAAGAGGAUGAUGUAGUUCUUCGAAGGAGGGAGGAAAGGGAUCCUCGUCGUCGUGGGUAUGAGACUGAAGAGGAGAUUAUAAUACGGGAUCGCAAGAGGGCUGGUGGGAGGAGACACGACGACGAGCGUGAUGAGGAGGUCUAUUUACGCUCAUCCCGACCAAGGCGCCCUCCUCCCCGCGAAGUGAAGGAGGAGAUAGUCAUCCUCGGCGACAGUGAUGAGGAGAACAAACGGAGCAGUAGGGGACGCCGUGGAGAAUUCAUGCUCGAAGACGACCAAGUGGUCAUUCGGCGCAAACCACGGGAGCCACCAUACCGCAGCCCUCGAUUCGAGGAUGAUCAGUUCCAGCCCAGGUUGGUGAGAUCGGACGAUGACGACGAUGAAAUUGAUCUUCGAAAUCGCAUGCCUUUACGCGAUAGACCGCGCCCUCGGCGUAUAGAUUCAGAGGAAGAUGACGAGGAGAUCAUCUUGAUGAAAAAACAUGAGAAAGAUAGAGCUCGGAGAGAAGGCAGGAGGGACGUUGAUGUGGAUAUCCAGUGGAAGAGAGGUAGGGGGUCUGCUCGUGAACGGUCGCCUUCCGUGGAGCCUAUCCGUGCGCCUCCGAUUCAUCAGGAUGUGUUUACUCACCAUCGACAUAUUGAUCAUGGAAUGAAAGCGUCUCGCUCAGUUCGGGGACCUAGCCCCGAGUUUCGGUCUGGUAGGGGUAGUCUCGAUGAACUGGAAAUACACCGUCGAAGCACUAGAAAUGGAGUCAGAUCCGAAGAAGACAUUGUCCUGAAACGGGAUGAAGAAGACUCAAUUUCACCAUCUAGUCGACCACCAGCGGAGUAUCACAACCCUUGGGAACACGGUGAAACUUCUUCCUCACGGAACUCGAACAAAUCUGUCGUCGACGAGAGCGAGGUGCUAGUCGUUGAGCGCCCCCAGAGUCGAUUAGGGAAAAGUGCCCGGAGCGUGCGUGAUAUCGAAGAAGAAAUGACAGUUCACAGCAGCCGCAAGGAAGAUAUUGAGCAAGUGAAUGAUACUACCGACGAAUGGUCCGUCGUCCGUUCACCCUUGAAAUCGGAUUCGGUUGAGAUGACCGGCGCCCUGACCUCUCGAGGAGACUCGGAACGGGGCCUAGGACGAGGUGCACGCGUUGGACAGCAAGUCAUGGAUAUCAAAGACGAGAGAGACUCGCGAUGGACAGAGAUUACCAAGAGUCUAGUGGUGAGGGAGGCGAUUGAGCGGAUGGGAUAUGAGUAUGAAGAGACGAGGAUGUUCUACUACAUCUUCUCGUACCUCGAACCGCGGGAUAUAGAUGAGCUCGUUGAUCUCUCUGAUGAGAUCCGUCAGGCUCGCCGGCGCCGCAUUCGUGAGAUCCAUCGCGAGCGUGCUAGUCUGCCACCACCGUCUGCUUCACUGGACCGCCUCCCGCCCCGACCGCGCUUGAUAGAGGAGAAGCUGAUCCGCGAGCGCGACUGGGUUGUAGAUGCACGUCGAAGCGCCUUCUGUCUCUCUACACAUGCCUGCAAUCGGUCUCUAAUGGCCACAAUCACCCCAAUGAUGUCUCGUCUUAUCGAGACAAGCGGCGGACUAGUCCGCUCCAUGCAGAGGACUUUGUCUGGCAGGAGAAGUCGGUCUUUGACGGCUGUCCGCGUCACCGACGAGCUCUUCAACCUCCAGACAUCACAGCGAGCAAACCUCAUUCGGCAACUCAAAGAAGCGCUAGCCGACGAUCUCGUGCCGGCGCCGUUCUGGGCCUGCGUCCAGGUGUGCGACAUCGCCAACCUCGAGUUCAUCAUCCAGCUUGCACAGCUGUCGGAAAAGGCUGUCUGUGUCGUCACAGACCUCUGCUGCACCCUGCCCUACAAAUGGAUGCAGCGCCCAUCCUCAUGGAACGACCUUCGGACCGACCCAACAGAAUCUGUCUCCAAGCCCUGGGGAACCUGUUCUCGAAGUGCCCGCCUCGCCGCCAGAGAGCGAGACGGGCAAAGAUGCGUCCUGACCGGCGCGCGCAACAUCUACCAAGUCGCGCAUAUCUACCCAACCUAUUUCGACGAGAAAUCCUACGACUCGUCCUCGCCCCAAAUCUGGAAUUUCGUGCGCUUCUUCUGGAACGCCGAGACCGCAGAGCGCUGGCACAGAGCUGUCUACAAUGAUCCCCGCGACCCGGCGAAACCGCUGGAUACCUGCGCGAACCUGAUCUGUCUCCGGAACGACCUGCGCGCAGCUUGGGCGAAUGGCCUGUUUGCACUGCGUCCUGUUUCUCUGUCCGAUGAUGGCACAUCCAUGGAGGUGGAGUUCUACUGGCAGCCGAAGGAAUCGCACAAGCCAUAUGGAUUGGUAGAUAUCGCCAAGGAGCCUGGUUCAUCGAAGGACAUCUGCAGCGUCGAUGACUUGAAUGUUGUGCUUCCUAUCAGAGACCAUGACAAAGAUACUUUUCGUCCCAUUGAGUCAGGCCACAUGUUCACGCUGCGUACGGACGAUCCAGCGAAGCGCCCGCUCCCGAGCUACGACUUGCUCGAGAUGCAGUGGCAUCUCAAUCGGAUUGUGGGCAUGUCUGCGGCGGCGGCACUCUUUCGUGAGGAUGAGGAUUCCGACGACGAUGAGAAGGAGGAGGAUGACGAUGGUCGCACAGUAAAGCCGCUUCUACCGCAGGAACGGGAUGUGGUAGAAGAUUGGAUCCAGAAAAGCUCCACUCUUGUUUGGGAUCGAGCGGAUGAAAAGGAUUCAUGGGCCACACACGAGAAAAAUAAAGAUGGAGGGACCAACUUAGACUAUUCUGAUCCCAAGCAGAUUGGCACUUCCUUUCGUUCGGACAAUAAUUUGUUUUGGGAAUGA